AUGUCAGAAAACACCAGAUGCAGCAAUGUACAGGUGGAAGGAGAAGUCGAUCUUGGCACUAGUAAUAUAUUUCAACCCCAUGUUCGAAUCAUCCAAGAGCAAAACGCUGGUCCGAUUGUUAUAGGCACCAACAACAUAUUUGAAGAGUGUGUUACUAUUAUCAACAAGAGUCCUGGUUUAAUGAAAAUAGGCAACAAUAAUCUGUUUAAUACUGGGUGUUGUGUAUAUGCUGGAUUGAUUGGGGAUUAUUGCACCAUUAGUCCGAGAGCGAUUGUUGGUCAAGGAUCUUGCAUUGAAGAUAAUUGUAUUAUUGGAUCAAAAUGCGAGAUUCCCCCAAACCAGCAUAUCAGCAAAGGAACAUUGAUAUACGGAAGAAACAACUCUUUCCGCAAGAUUGCAUCAACGGUUGGAUUUGUCGCCCCUUUGCAUUCCAAACACAUAGAUUAUCUUGUUCAAGUUUUACCAAAGUAUCAUCCGACUCGUAAAUAA